AUGCGUUAUUCAACUUCUUUCCUCGCCGUCCUGGCCGCCUCCCCUCUUUUGGUAUCUGCUCGCCCAGUCAAGUCGCGGGCCGCUUCAGCGAAUGAUGCUCUCGUUUUCCAGUUCGCCAACGUCCUUGAGCAAUUGGAGACCGAGUUCUACGCCCAGGGCAUCAAAAAGUUCAGCGAAUCUGACUUUUCCAAUGCCGGCUUCUCCUCCGCUUCGAUUGUUACCCAGUCUUUGACGACAAUCCAAGGGGACGAGGCAGCGCACACGACAUUCAUCCAACAAGCGCUCAAAGACAACGGUGCCGAGCCGUUGAAAUGCAGCUUCAACUUUGACAGUGUGUUGACGGAUGUCGCCACGAUGGCUGCGACUGCUCGUGUUGUGGAAUAUCUCGGUGUCUCGGCAUAUCUCGGUGGUGCUACCUUGAUUGACGACCCAAUUUUCCUCGAUGCCGCUGCCUCCAUUUUGACGGUCGAGGCUCGUCACCAGACCCUUCUCAACUUGCUCUCGGGCACUGGUUCUGCCAUUCCCCAAGCAUUUGAUGUCCCUUUCACUCCUCAGGAGGUCUUGUCGCUUGCUGUUGGCUUCAUCACUGGCGACUGCAACACUGGUAUCACACCCACCAAGACGCUCAAGAUCACCAACAAAGGCACGCCCUCUGCUGGCACACUUCUGACGUUCGAGGGUGAUGGCGUUCAGAGCACUGGCCAAUUCUGCAACAUGAUGAUUGGAGGCAUGCCAUUCUCGAUCAACCUCCCCAUCGAGAAGUGCAUCGUCCCCCCAGGUGUCAAUGGCCCCGUCUCCAUCUGGAUCACCUCUGACGAUAACCCGCUCGCCAACAACGUUAUCGACCGUGACACUAUCAAGCAGGUCGCUGGCCCCGCCAUUGCCUUCAUCGACGCCCAGCCAGAGACCCUUGGCCAGCUCGUCCGUGGUGGAUCCGGCACCAACACCGGCGGAACCACGACCACUACGACCACCAUCACGCCUGAUGAGGCUGCGUCGAUCAUUGCUGGUGCCAAUGCAAGCAAACCCACUGACUCGUCGUCCAACAACAAGUCGUCUGGCUCGUCUGACUCAUCGUCAUCUGGCUCUUCAUCGUCGUCAUCCGGCUCGUCUUCCGGCGGAGACAACAAGCCCAGCGAUGGAUCCAAUGGUGCUGCCUCACAACCACUCCCGAAAGACUUUACCGGUAAAUCACCUGACGGCAACACCAACGUACUCGGUCUCUCUCAGGUCCCGCGUCCGGCUGCCUCCGCAACCGGCAGCGCCGCUGCCCCGUCUUCCUCGUCGUGA